AUGACCAACGACGAAAACCCAGAGUUCCACGAAAUCAUUCGCCUGCUUCAUCAGGCCCGGAGCAUCUCUAUCAAGGCAGCGGAGAAUGAGAUUUCAAGUAGUGGGAACAUUUUGAAGCAGCUUGAGACUAUAAGUCAGGCCCUUCAAGCCCAAGGUCMCCCUCGCGAGGCAACCGCCAUAAACGAUGUCCUCAUCCUUUGCAAGCAGCCCGCGGAACUAGGUGGGUUGGGUCUAGACACAAGUCGGCCACUAGAUAAGAACGAAGAGGCAGAGAUAUCAUUUCUGGUAACCGCAUGGCUGGAGGCCCUUAACUCGGCGGACAGAGCCAAAGCUAAGCCAGAGCCACUGAGCAUUCGGCCAGCAGGUCGUCGCGGUAUGACAUUAAGCGAAAAGAUCUUUGCGAUGCAUGAUGUGGCGCAAAAGGGAUAUGUGAAAGUUGGAGAUCUCAUUCGGGUAGAUGUGGAUUGGGUUAUAGCCUCGGAGGCUUCAUGGGCGGGUAUGGCAGCAACGUAUAACCGCUUAGGUCAGCCUGGAAUCUUUCGCAAUGAUAGAUUCUGGCUUGCUGGAGAUCACGUUGUAGACCCUCGAGUCAAAGACGUGCCUCAGGUCAGAGCCCUCAUCGAUGCUAGCGAAAGAGCCAAAAGAGUUUUCAAAAUGACAGAGUAUCAAGGAAUGAACUACACCAUCAUGCACACUGAGUUUUAUCGGGAAAGAGCUCAGCCGGGGAUGCUUAUAAUAGGGUCUGACUCUCACACCUGCUCUAGCGGCGCGCUUGGGUGCCUUGCAAUUGGCCUAGGUGCUGCGGACGUCACCUUGCCCUUGGUAACAGGAGAAACAUGGUUCAAAGUUCCGGAAUCCGUUAACGUUAAGUUGAUUGGGUCCCCUAAGCCGGGAAUAGGGGGUAAAGAUGUGAUCCUGUACAUUUUGCAGCAAUUGAAAAGGAAUACCGUUGCAUCAGAAAGAAUCGUGGAGUACACCGGUCCAGGUCUUCAGUAUCUAUCAUCUGAUGCUCGAUUCGCCAUUUCCAACAUGACCACGGAACUGGGAGGUAUCACAGGCAUAUUUGUUCCCGAUGAAGUCACUCUCAACUUUGUGCAGAAGCGCCUCCAUCCGCGACACAAAGAUAGCAGUAUCUUUCUGAAACCAGACGACGAUGCUCAAUAUGCAGACACCUAUGAGAUUGACCUUGGAAAUGUCCAUUCUUUUAUCGCCAAGCAUCCAAAGCCAGACGACGUCGUACCUGUGGCAGAAUGCGAAACCAUGGCUCUGGAUGGAUGUUUUAUUGGUGCCUGCACUACAACCGAGGAAGACCUGAUUUUAGGGGCGUUAGUACUGGAGCAAGGUCUAAAAUCAGGCUUGGAGCCGGUGACUAGAGGAAACCGGAGGGUUGUUCCAGGAUCACUGCCAAUUCAUCGAAGACUGCGCGAGCUCGGAUUGCUGGAAAUUUACGAGGCUUGUGGAUUCAAGAUAGGAGUACCCGGGUGCAGUUACUGCGUCGGAUCCUUUGCAUACCUUGCUUCUGCUGCCACCGUCGCCGCUUCAUCCUUUGAGAUGAAGGUCAGAGACCCGCACGAACUGAUAUCGAAAGUCAAUAUCGAGCACUUCAACUCACUCAAAGGAAUGAAAGCCGCUCCUACUCCGGACUAUCCUGAAAGGUCAACGCUGCCUUUAAAUUAUGUUGAGCCGAAUGGUUCCAGCAAUCCCACCUCGAAAGACUCGUCUCAGUCUAAGGCGCCGGACGCUACCGAUUCGCCUGGAAUCAGCAUUAACAAGGCGAAAGAGCCAGUGAAUUCCGUAAUGGAAGAUAAUGUUUUGAAAGGUAAAAUCCAGAGGUUAGGAGAUUACAUUGAUACAGAUGCGCUGGCACCAGCAGACUUCCUUGUAGAAAGUAGAACCAAUGAAGCAAUUGGCAAGCAUUGCUUAGAAUACACCCAUCCGGAUUUUCGACAGAGGGUACACGAUGGCUUCAAUAUUGUCGUCGCCGGUACAGGAUUUGGCUGUGGAUCAUCUCGCGAACAGGCGGUCAUGGCCUUGCUAGGUUGUGGCGUACAAUGUGUUAUUGCGAGAUCGUUUGCGUUCAUUUUCCAGCGCAAUAUGCCUAACCUCGGUCUUCUUGGGAUAACCAUUUCUGAUGAAGCCUUUUACGACUCGGCGACGGACGGCACGGACGUUUCAAUCAAUCUGAGCACUAAUGAAAUCGUACUCGGGCAAAGACGGAUAACUUUCGAACUGAGCCAGAUGGAAAAAGAGCUAUUCGACCAUGGCGGCAUCUCUUCAGCUUUCUCGAAAUUUGGCAAGAACCUGUUUGAAGCUAUGACAGCGCCGAAAAACCUAGCCAGAUCAGCGAAGAAUGCGAGUAGCGACAGUAACGCGCGUGCCCAAUUUCAAUGGUAG